AUGCGACGCCGCCCCCACCGCAAGUCCAAGGCUGGCUGCGUCAACUGCCGGAGGCGGCGCGUCAAGUGCGACGAGCAGAAGCCAAGCUGCCACUCGUGCGUGCGGCGUCGUGCGGAAUGCGUCUACACUGUGCAAGACCACGCCGGCAGCCGGCCGGCCCCUCCCCCUGCCGAAACAUCCGCCCGCUCACAGGGCGUCUCGACCGUCUCCGCUGCCUCGUGUCCCCGUGGAACCGCACCCACGUCCGCACCCCCCUCCACCUUUAGCAUUGGCGACCUGGCACUCCUCCACCACUGGACGCUGUCCACCAGCCUCAGCAUCUGCCGCGAGGCCAGCGGCGCCGACAUGUGGCAACGCGUGUUCCCGGAGGUAGGCUUCGAGCACCCGUUCGUAGCGCACGCCAUCCUGAGCCUGGCCUCCCUGCACCUCGCUCACGGCAGCAGCGGCGGGGCGGCGCGAGGCGUUGCCAACCUGGCCAAGGCCGCCGCGCACCACAACGAGGCGCUCCUGGGCUUCCGCCAGGCCGUGGCCGACAUCACGGACGCCAACAGCGAGGCGCUGUUCAUCUGGUCGCUUCUGAGCAUGAUCUACGUCUUUGGGUUCCUGACAGAACGCUGCGGCGCUGCCGCCACGAACGGCGGGGCAUCCCACGUGUCCCGCAAGGAGCUGGUGCUCGGCAUCGAGUGGAUCCCCAUGCUCCGGGGGAUCGAGGCCGUGCUAUACCCGACGCACAACUACCUGUGGCUUGGCCGCAUGCAGUUCAUCAUAGGCCUCGGGAACUGGGACGAGCUGGAGCCGGCCGCGGUCGCGUCCCAGGGGCCCGACGGCUAUCUCUGUCGCACGCGCGAGACGUGGAAGAACAGCAGCGACGCCGAGACGUACGACCGGGCGCUGCGGAUCCUCCGCAAGUGUUGGAUGUUCAUCCGGCAGUUCGACACCAUGGACGCGGCCACGCUGGCGACGUGGGGGUAUAACCGCUCCUGGUCGGGGCCGUUGAUGUUUGUGCAUUUUGCCCCCGACGCGUAUUUUACCCUGCUGCGCCAGCGGCAGCCUCCGGCGCUGGUCUUGUUUGCGUAUUUCGGUGCUCUUCUGCAUGGCAUCACGAGCUACUGGUUCAUGGACGGUCUGGGCAAGGAGAUUGUGGAGGUGGUGGUUGACUUGCUUGGGCCUUACUGGAGGCCGUGGAUCUCGUGGCCGCUGGACGUUGUUGGGCCUGGCUGA